AUGGAUCCUGAAGCAGCCAAAAAACACCGUUUAUACAGCAACCACCACGAAAAAAUUAGCAUCUACGUUUACGACGACGACUCUCUGAGGGUGGUUAUCUCCACGUGCAAUCUGCGCGACCAAUGGGAGCGCUUCAACCACGGCUUCUGGGUGAGCCCUCGUUGUCGACGCCUCAACGACGACGACCAAUCUGGUGGUGAAUCCGCGACUAAAUUCAAGUCCGACCUUUUGGCGUUCUUAAACCACUACGAUCUUCCGAUUUUGGAACCGUGGAGCAACGAUGUGACGUCAGCCGAUUUUAGUGACGUCACAGCUUUCCUUAUAACGUCAAUUCCGGGUCGCUAUAGCCCCGACAACCCCGGCAGCCACAUCCAACAAGUGCAAAAUGUAUUGAAAAAGCACUCGCGUUUACCCCCGAACGAAGAACCCUUCUGGCCUGUGAUUGCGCAGGCGUCGAAUUUGGGCCAGUUCGGUGAGUCCCCGGACGUCUGGUUGCGCUCUUUCUUUUUGAGUCGGUUGGCGUCGCCUCUGGCGCCGCUCAAGAUCGUUUUUCCGACGUGGAAGGAGGUGAUGAAUGGGGUUUUCGACGCCGAGCUCGUGGGGGAGGGGCUGCGGUACAGUCGAGCCGUGCAUACUAACCAGCUGUGGCUUCAGGAUUUUUUAUAUCAGUGGAAGGCCAAUGAACUAGGGAGGAGCAAAUUUAUGCCGCAUACGAAGACGUACUGCAGGGUGUCGUCGUAUUCGACGAAGGUGGCGUGGUUUUUGCUUACCACCGGGAACGUGAAUAAGGGAGCUUGGGGGCAGUACUACGCACCCAGAGGGGGUGAGAGGACUGAGGAUAUUUUUGUGAGGAACUGCGAAAUCGGGGUUUUGCUUGUUCCGAAGUUCUUUGGUGAGAAGUACUUCCAGGCCAAAAGUGACGUGGGGGAGAAGGUUUUUCCGUUGCUUUAUGAUUUGCCGCUGAGGAAGUACACGGAGAAGGACUACCCGUGGUCGCUUCGGCCGUCAAAACAUAGAGCCCAAAAAUAACCAAACUCUCUGAUUUAGUAACUCUUACACUUAUAUUCAAAAAUAUAUAUCUCAAGAGUU